AGCCCAACUAUGGAUUUCGGCUUUGUCCGCGAAAGCAGCGGUCUACAAGCUUGAUCUCCCUUGAAGAAAUUUGUCAAAUAUUACGUUCUUAUUUAUUUUUCCCAUUGAUACCGUCACAGCGGAAGCCACGCACAUCUCCAGAUAAGCAACGUAUGCUUAUUGAUACAAACUGACCAGCUCUAUUUAUUCGACAAUGGAGGGCACAUUCGUAGUAGAUGAAGUCAGCGCCAUAAUCAAGGAGGCAAUGGAAACUAUUAUCGGUGGAAACGUUUACCAGCAUAGCAAGGUGCCCCAGUGGACGAACACGACUGUGGAGCACAUACUGGGCCAACUAACAAAAAUGAACAAGCCAUUCAAGUACAUUGUGACAUGCGUUAUUAUGGAAAAGAAUGGUGCUGGUCUUCACACGGCAACCUCUUGCUACUGGGACAACACCACUGACGGAAGCUGCACUGUACGUUGGGAAAACAAGACCAUGUAUUGCAUUGUAUCUGUGUUUGGCCUGGCCAUAUAAGGACUUCUUGUGUCUGCUCUGUGACAGUAUGUGUGCAUUCCAUGGGCCUGGAAACUAACCCUUUCAGUACCGUGCUGCAUGCAUUAAAUAUGAGAAAAAGGUUGCCUACACUAGUUUCGUUGCGGAAGUUGUUGACCAAUAUUUUUUUACUUUUGCUGAACGAAAGCUUGCUGCUGGAUGCGCAUCGUUGGGUUUUGUAAAACACGCUUGUAUGUGAAUAACAGCUCAUGAAAUAAAUACCAUUUAUUUAUUGCA